AUGGAGGCUUUCUUCGACAACAAGAACAACGUCGUGAACGCUCGAAUUCGCUCUUCUGUAGAUGAAUCCGUGUUGUACACCUUGAAGACGACCUUUAACUUCCGUGGCCGGCAUGUAACCAUUCUUCAAGAUGCUAAUCCAGGGCCAGGCGGCGUAGUCACCGUUGGGGCAAUACACUGGCAAGAUAGGAUCAUAGAAGUACUAGGACACAAGAAGAAAUUCUCCGAUGUCAAGAGGCAUGCAGGAAAGCCCUUUCGCAAGUGCAGAUACUGGAAAUGGGAUGAGGGUAGAACCGAGUACUCGUUGAAGUAUAACUAUGAAGAUUGGAAGGUGCGUGUAUUGGAUGCUAUUCUGCCGAAUGACGAGGUCGCCGGAACUUUUGCUGUUCCCUUUAGACCGCAUUUGUUCUCAAAAGCUACGCCGACGACACUUGAGCUCACACGGGAAGGGCUUGCGAAAGACGAGGUGUUUCUCAUAUUGAUUUUUGUGUAUUCCGAAGCCAAACGACAGGACCAAACAGUGGGCUCUUCUUCUUCUCUGACACUCCUAAGCUGA